CCGCCUCAAGUGCACGGGAUUCCCCUGUUUCGAAAGACGGUGCACCAAUUUAUGAUUUUGGUCGUAAUAGUGUUCUUGGUUUUUCUACUGAAGAUGGGGCUUCUGAUCCUGAAAAUGUUGCUGAUUUAGAAUCUGCAAUAUCACAAAAUGCUGUAGUUCCUGUUGAUUUCACAUCUUAUGGUGAGACAAAUACGGGAAAGGUAUCAAUGCAAAUUGAUUCUAUUAAAGAGGUUCAAAAAACUGAAAUUAAAAUUAUUGUAAAUGAGUUGACAAAUCAUAACGAUAAUAUUAUGGAGGAUAAUGGUUUAAAAUUACGGGAAUCACCUUCUGAAUAUAAUUAUGAUUCAAAUAUAAUAUUACCUGAAACGAGUGAAAUAAAUGGAAAGCUUGAUUACAUACCUAGUGAAAUACAAGAUGAAGGUGCUGAAUGUAAUACUGCUCAAACAAAUGAUACUUCUCAUAAUGAUACGUUCUCAACAAUAGAAUCUCAUUCUGAUUCAUGUCCUG